AGCACGUCUUCUGAAGCAAUUUACCAUUCACGCGUUUAACCAUUUAAAACAUUGGCCUACGUUUGUUACUUCAUUGCAGUUAUCAUUUAAGCAAGAACUAUUUGAUAAUAAUGUGUGGGAAAACAAAAUUGGUCGUUUUGGUAAUAGUUCAAAUCGCAAUGAACGGGCUAUGUUCUGCCGAGGGGGAAAACUUGACGUAUAUAGCUCAGGUAUUAGACAAGGUGGUUCGACUAGAGGUGAAGGUUAAGGAGUUAGAGAAGGAUAUGAAGAAAACAAAUGCUGAUACUAAAGAUGUCUUGGAAAAUGUGAACAAUGUGUUGGAUAACAAAACAGCAGAGCUUGAGCUCUUACAAGACAGAGAUUAUACACCAAUCAUUGCGUUUAACGCAUACAGUCCAGUCGAUAUGAGUUUGGAUACAAGCCAGAUCCUAAUACUUCAAACUGUCCGGCUGAAUGAAGGUAACGGAUAUGAUAACGUUCUGGGCGUGUUUACUGCUCCUGUAACCGGGCUCUAUUUCUUUGUAGCACAUAUUUGCAACUACGCAGGACGAGGUAUUCACUACGAUAUCAUGCUUGAACACAAUACAAUAGCUAAAAGUACACAAUUCAACAACGUACAAUAUGACUGUAGCUCAACAAGCGCCGUCACAAUGGUCACAAAAGGUCAAAGGGCAUAUGUCAAGUGUACAAGUGGAAACAC